UAUUGACCACGUCAGUAAUAACAACAGAAUGAAAAGGAAUAAAACUGAGUGGAAAUAAUUGUAUUCAAAAUGCUGCUCCAGUGAAGACUUUUUCAAACUACUUCCAUAAACAGUGAACUCCCCAGCUGCCUUUAUAGGGAAAAGUAGUUGCAUCAUCCUAGUUACUAGACUGCAAGUAAUGUUGGUUGUAUCAGUCUCUGGUUGCCUUUUCUGGGGAAAUAGAUAACUUCGCAUGACAUUCUAAGGAAGGUGUGAAUUUCUCCAAAUGAAAAAUGAUGCAUGCACAAUUCAGCCCACAAACUGGUAGGCAGGAAGUCCUGAAUCCUGAACGUUAUUUGGUGGAUUUAAAUAUUAUUUUUUAAAAUUAUCAUACUGCAUUGACACGUGCAAGUUUGUUUAAUGUAAGUUACUUGCAUAGCCACACCAAAAGCUCCUCUGUUACUUUCAAUCUAUAUUUUGUGAAAAAGAUCAAAAUCACAGCCAACAAAUUGAACAGCAAUCAUAUAUGCCCACCCCUUUUGCAUAAAAGCAAGAGGUCAAGUAAUAGCUGCAACUUCUACACUCAUAUCCUUUCCACCCAUUGGUCCAUGUCUCGUGAUUUACAAGAAAUCGGGUGAGCUGUGCUGGGUAUGCUGAGAAUUUCACAAUUCGCUGGUGAUUCCUGUCUGAUGGAGACUUUAUUUUACCUAUUCCUACAGCUGCUGAUACCUUGUGCAGCUGUACACAGGUUUAAUCGGGAUUUACAGCAACCAGGUGUUCUUACUGUUCCAAAAGGAAACUCUAUCCUUUUAAAUUGCUCCUAUUCCAUGCCGACUCUAUCAAGGUUUCAAGUUUCGUGGAUUUUCUCCAAUGAUGGGUCACGCACUUCAAAGAUAAUUGCAAACUUAACAUCCAUUAAGUUUUGGGUGUCUCAUUCUCGAUAUUGUGUAAGGCACAAUUCUACACUGAAGACCUUCACCUUAACAAUUACUGAUGUUCAAGUCAGUGACAAUGGAACCUACUUCUGUGAGGUGUUUGGGAAGACACCACCACCAAAUUUUAGAGCACGAGGAAAUGGCACCCUGCUGAGUGUAACUGCUCGUCCUUCUCUUUGCAUCUUCAAAUCUUCUAAUGAGAUUGCUUCUUCAUCUUCAACUAUCACAUGUUUAGUAUAUGGAUUUUAUCCUAAUAGUAUUACGUGGAGGAUAUUGCCAACAUGUCUCAGCGAACAGGUCAUCAAUACAAGCUGUUUAUCCAAUCCCAAUGGAACUUAUAACUGCACAAUAAUUGUGAGCAUCUCCAGUGAAAAUUGCAAAAACUCCACUGAAUUCACUUGUGUAAUUCAACACACAGCAUCACAGACCAAGAUCAAUGCUACUAUCCUCAUUGAGGUGCAUACAGGUACCCAAGGUUAUAAAUGGAUUUCCAUUUUACUUUCCAUAAGUGGAGGAACAGCUUGCGUUAUCCUUCUUCUACUCUUCCUUAGAAAAUGUGCAUGUGAAAGGAAGAAAAUUCAAGAGCAAAAGAGGAUUCAAGCCAGUAAUCGAACAUUGGACCUUGGACAGAACAACAUGAAUGAGAAAUGUAAGGAAGAGGUCUGCUAUGCUGAACUACAAUGGGGAACCAUGCAGAGAGCGAGGAUGCAUGAGGAGGUUGUCUACAGCCCAGUUCUUCACUGAAAGACUAACGGAGAAGGCACCUGUAAAAAAUGAAGCAGCUUAUUAGAAAUAAAUCGGAACAUUCUUCAAUAAAACCUGGAUCGAACUUGUGCAUCCAAAUCCUUUAAUGAUAUCAUUGACAGUUUAUCAUUUGUUUUCAUCUUCUGAGAGUUAGUGUUUAUGUUGUGUUUGGGUGAAAAUAUGGUCUGUUCUGUACAUGCUGCCUUAGUGGAUUAGUCUUGUGCUGAAAGUUACUGUUCUGUUUGGCUGUCUCGGUAUUAGAGGCACAAGAGAUGGCAGAUGCUGAAAUCUUCAGCAACAAACAAUCUGCUGGAAGAACUAAAUGGGGUGAGCAGCAUCUGGAUGGGGGAAAGGAAGAAAUUAUUGAUGUUCUGGGUCAAAAUUGUGGUGGUACCAUUAUUGUUUCUGUAUUAUGCUUCUUUAUUCUGUGCGAGCAUACAAUCAGAUGAGGUAAAAUAAAAUGGAUAUAUUUUA